AUGGCCUCACAUCCCGAGGAAAAGGGCUCGUUCGGCCUAGGCCGAGAGGACGUCGAGUCUCCCGCCGUGAAAGAGGAACCCUUACCAUCCUCCCCAACACCAUCCGACGCGGAAGAAGAGAAAGCGCUUCUCUGGAAACAAGACAAACGCAUCAUCCCGCUCUCCGCGAGCAUCUACUUUCUCUGCUUCCUCGACCGAUCCAACAUCGGCAACGCAAAGAUCCUCAACUCCUCCACGGGCCACGACAUGCAGACCGAAACUCACAUGUCCAACCGCGACUUCACGAUCGCCCUCAUGAUCUUCCUCAUUGCCUACGCAAUCUUUGAGGUGCCCUCCAAUAUCCUCCUCAAGAAGCUCCGGCCCUCGCGCUGGCUCGCCUUCCUCAUGUUCUCCUGGGGCUCUGUCACCAUUGGCCUCGGCGGCGCAAACAGCUUCGCGACGGUGACGGGCGUGCGGUUUCUCCUCGGCGUUUUUGAGGCUGGGCUAUUCCCAGGAUUGGUGUACUAUCUCACCUUUUGGUACAAACAUGACGAGAGGAGCGUGAGGGUCGCCAUGAUUCUCGCGAGCGCGACCUUAGCGGGUGCGUUUGGCGGUGCGAUUGCGUACGGGAUCGGGCAUAUGAACCAGGUGCACGGCAUGUCGGGGUGGCGGUGGCUCUUCAUCCUCGAGGGCAUCCCUUCGUGUCUAUCUGCCUUUUUCGUGUGGUUCUUCUUACCUGAUUAUCCUGAGAGCGCCAGCUGGCUUUCAGAACGCGAAAAGGAUCUCGCGCUGCGGAGACUCUACCAUGAGGGCAGCAAGAGCAGCCACAAGACUAUGUCUUGGGAGGAAGCGAAGGCGACGCUGACGGACUGGAGGUUAUAUGGACACUACCUGGUGUACUUUGCCAUGUCGACGCCGUUCUCAUCGCUAUCGCUGUUUACACCGUCCAUUACCUCAGGACUCGGGUUUGUCGAUCUGCAAGCCCAGCUGAUGACGGUUCCCCCCUACGCUGCAGCAUACGUCGUCCAAAUCCUCGUAGCAUGGUCCGCAGACCACUUCAACGCCCGCGGCAUCCACUCCGCAGCCCUAGCCCUCAUCGGCGGCGUCGCCUUCGCGGUCUCGGCCGUCCUCCCUCCCGACGCCUACAACGCCCGCUACGGCUGUCUCAUCGUCGGCGCCUCGGGCGCCUUUGCGUGCAUCCCGCCACUGCUGGGCUGGCUGACGUCCAACAUCUUCAGCACGGCGGCGACGGGGCUCGCCAUCGCGCUCAACGUCAGCAUCGGCGCCGGACUCGGGCAGAUCCCGGGCGUAUGGGUCUACAAGGCCGAGGAGAAGGCCCGGGGGUACCCGACCGGCCACUGGGCUAAUGCGGCGCUGCUUUUCGUUGUCGUGGUUGGGUGUGUGGCGCUGAGGGUGUAUUACGGGGUCAAGAAUCGGGGGAUUGUACGGCGGGCGGCGGAGGAGGGGACGGAGCCGAGGUUGUACAAGUUAUAA